AUGGGUAUGGAUUAUAAGGAUUAUGUUGACGGCAAGUUGCUGAACGGUCGGUACUUGAAAGUGAACGAUAUCAGCGAGGGGUCGUUUGGUAUUGUUUCACUUGCCAAGGAUGUGAAGAACAACGAUCGGUUGGUGGCACUGAAGUACAACUCCACCAACAUCAGCGACUUCACCACGUUUUCGCACCAGGAAGAACAGACAAUCAGCAAAUCGGUUGUUUUGAGAGAGACUCAGCGGGAAAUCGACAUGUUGAAACGGGUUUCCAAGCAUCCCAAUAUCACCGAUCUGCUGGAUUGCUUCGAUAGUUAUCUUGUUCUGGAGUACGCCUCACGUGGCGAUCUCCAUGAUUCGAUCGAGAUGGGCGUUGCUCCGGCAUCGACCCCCGACGUUGUUGAUGUUUUCAUGCAACUGCUAAGCGCUGUCGAGUACUGCCACAGCAUGGGUGUCUACCACAGAGAUAUCAAGCCCGAGAACAUUUUGAUCUGCGAGGAUUGGUCUAUUAAAUUGACCGAUUUCGGAUUGGCCACAGAUAAGAAGUAUUGCACCGAUUUCGACGUUGGGUCCGAGCGCUACAUGGCUCCCGAGCUAUUGGACCACAAGGACAUCGACACGUACAGCGCCGACAAGGUGGACAUCUGGUCUCUUGGGAUUUGUCUGUUGAACAUUGUUUUCGGAAAGUCGCCAUUCAACUCGGCCAGUUCCAGCGACAGGCUGUUUUUGCAUUUUGCUGCCAACAGAGAGACUCUGUUUGACAUUUUCCCGUCCAUGAGUUUCGACUUGUUUUCGGUUUUGAGAUCUAGUUUGACCAUCGACCCAAACAACAGGGAUUUGGAGUCUAUGAAGAACUCUUUGCUGAAGGUGGAGCAUUUGACUUGCGAUUUCGAGUUCGAGGAGGACGAACCAGCCGCCAUCGAGGAGAAACCAACAGAGGAAGAGAGCCUUUCCAACAGAGGUUCCGACAAGGAGAACGAGAAGGAGCCUGUCAAGUUGGAGAAAGAGCUAUCGUUGCCUAGACCAAAGCACAAGCUUGGACAGCCACGCAAGCCUAUUAGGAUUCCUAGUCUGCGCAACAUGGCAACCAGGUCCCACAAUGGUAGAAUCAACAAACGGGUCACCAUUCAAUCGAACGCUAACGGUAACGGUACCGACGACUCGUUCAAACGGGCAGACUUUUUCACUCCCAAAACUGUCUUUAACCAUUAUAUGGAGCGUGCACAGAAACCAAAGCAGCAUGCAAAGGAGUUUGGUUCCGAAGCUAACCGCUUCUACCGCCAUAACCCGAACAAGAAGAACAGGGCAUGGAAGAAGAGAAAGCCAAGAAACUAUGGAAAGGAUAACCAUAGGUCCAGAAGAGCGCCUUACAAGUCGAGAGGUGGCUCCAACAACACUCGCAAGGGUAACAAGUCCAUUGGCAAGACUCCUGUUACUCCGUCAAGUCACGGAGACAAUUUCGGCAGUUCUGUUCAUUCCAGUGGUGGUGUUCGUCCACGGAGUUUUGUGAGCAAUUCAGGAAAGUACAUUCCUCCGAACUUACGUCCAUCUCCUAAGGUUGAAUUGGAGGAGAGAGUGUUUGAGUCUGAAGACGAGAAAAACAGCGGCGACGACGACCUGUUCCUCUUUGAGGAUGUGGAGCAGAAGAGCAAGAAGGUGGGCGGAGGCGUUUUGAGAUACGCGGAGGCCAAGAAGGAGAUGAACACGACGUAUCCGUCUCUGUUAAACGGCCAGGUGAAUGCUCUUUCCAGACAACUGGGAGACAUGUCGUUUGGCGAGAGUGCUGAGUACCAGAACUCAAGAGACACCUCGAUCACAACCACCUUCUCGAGCAACUUUUCGUCGUUUGGAUCGAACCUGACAAGCACCACAACCUACGAUAAGUACGUGCCACCGCAUCACCGCCGCAACUCGCACUCGUCUGUGAUGCAGACCGGGCCUCCUUCGAAAAAACCCGAGAAUAGCAAGUACAUUCACACGCAUUCUGCCGGAAGCAAGCCGAUCAGAGUGAUGACUCCGAUCAUAUCCACGUCAGUUCCUACCAAGAAGACCAAUUGGUUCCAGAACCAUCAUAACUUUGAGUCCAAGGGAAAUUUCUACAACAUGGAGAAUGAGAAUGAGAUUCAGUUUCUAUUUGAGGACCAGGACACCGACUACGAUUUCGGUAGCAUUGGAUUUGCACGGGGCACCGGGUUGAAGACCGACGGCCACGUCGAGGUCUACGAGAUCAAUGACGCGUCCCAACCUACGUCAUGA